AAAAAGGCUUGCUCCCGGUAGCUAGUAUUAUCAGCAAAAUGGCUGGCAGCGAAACGACUGCUCUCCAGGUCCCCGUGGCGUUCAAGGACGCCGACGACGGCACCAUCCCAGUGCGCCCACCUACCGAGUAUGCCGCCGCCGUGGCGUCCCUGCCGUUGAACCCUACCAGCAAGCUCAAGUUGCGCUGCUAUCAGGGCGUGUGGGUGCUGGAGGACUGGGUACCAGGCAUCAUAUCCAUGCAGCGCAGCUUCUCAACGCGCCCCGGCGACGUGGUUCUUGCGAGCUUUCCCAAGUGCGGCACCACUUGGCUCAAGGCUCUGAUAUUCGCCACGAUGGCCCGUGCUGCGUACCCGCUAGCCAGCCCCGCCCACCCGCUCCGCCGCCUAAACCCGCACGACUGUGUGAUUCUAGUGGACAGGCUCUUCGCCGUCGGCCGUGAGGCAGUGCUGGACAAGCUGCCCUCGCCGAGGCUCAUGUGCACGCACAUGCCUCUCUCGGUGCUGCCGCCGUCUAUCUCUCGUGG